UAAACAGUUAAUAACAAAAUAAAAAAAGUUAAAACAAAAGAAAAGAAAAGUCAAUGAGAAAUAAAAGAGAAAAUGAUAUAAUUUAUUAAUUAUAACAAACAAACAAAAAAAAAAAAUAACUUAAAGAAAAGUGUUGUACACAUCAUUAAAUAUUAUUGGCAACAAAAAAGAAGUCAUAAAGUUGUAUUUUUAACAAUAAGAAAAGUUUACAAAGAAAAAAAUUAAUGAAAAUAUUUAACAUACCGCGUAUUUGUAAUUGUUUUUCACUUUUAUUUAAAAUUCGUUCAUUCCAUCGUUUGUUUGAUUGUUUCUUUGUUUGUGGCAUGAAAACGUAAUCAAUUCAUUCAAAAAUAAUAAAAAUAACUCAAGUGUAAUGCACCGAAACCGUAGAGUGUGAGAGAAAAACUGACAUACUGCCUGCUGCCUGCAUUUUAAUAAAACAAAACAAAUACUAAAAUAAUAACAGUCAAAUGGAGAAAUUUUUAAAAAAUAAAUUAAAUUAACAAAGAUAUUUCUAAAUAAAAAAAAACUAAAAAUAUUAAAGUCAAUUAAAGCAUCAUUAUUAAAUAAUUACUAUCUUAGAUUUUUAACAUUUAUGUUUCGUAAGUGUAAAACCAGUGUUCACUUAUUAAUUAAUUACAGUUAUAAACAAUUGCCCGACUGCCUGUCUGUCCAUGCAUCGUUUGUUUAAAGUCAUUAGGAAAAUAUAAAAAGAAAAACUACUAAAUUACAAACGAUUUAAAGAAAAAUAAAAUAAAUUUAUUGAUACUGGCCGAUCAUCUUCUAUUACCAAUACCCACCAACACUACCAAUACCAAUACUAUUCCAGCAUAUAUUUAUUUCCUUGUUCAUGUACCGAUCGAUGACUUGAUGUUUUGGAUUUUGCUUAAUUUUAUAAUUGGAAAAACAAAAAACUUGUUUAUGUUCCGCGGGGAAUAUAAACUCUCUCAGCUUAAGUGACUUUAAGCUGGGAGAGGAUAGAUGCUCCAUCACCACCCACCAUCCGCCAACUGGGGACACGCUUGGUAGGAAAAACUGGAAAAUACAUUAGAAUCAACAUAAAAUCGAUUUUGGAUUUUUUGCUAGUUUGGGCCGUUUGUGUUUCAGAUCACUACAUCCACUUGAAACAUGAGGAGGAAUCGCUAUAGUCGGCAAUGGCUAGUCAAUCAAUACGAUGAUAAUGAUCAUACUUAUGAUGGUGCUAAUAAACAGAAUGUUAAGGAACAGAAGGAGAAUCAUCAAGCACAAAAUUUCAGUGUACACACUUUUCGGGCUCAACUAGCGAAUACAAAUGGUCCAGCAGCAUUCCAUCCCUUUCGCAAACAUCAUCAAACACAGACGCAUUUUCUCUCACACCUGCACUCACAAGAUAGUAGUAGAAACGAACCGUUAACCGUACGGAGAAGACAUUUAGAUUUUUAUUUUCGAUGGCCUUUAAAAAAGUCCUGCUUCAACCAAAUACUAGAAGUAUUAUUAGCGUUAGUUUUAGUCAAUUGUCUAUUAUAUAGGCUAACGCAUUUGCCAUUGGCUUUGGCGGCUUAUAAUGAUUUACAACCGGCCAGAGGAUACCAUCAUCAAGCCGAAGCAAGUGCUUUUAGCAGUAACUUUCGUAAUAGCGAAAGUUUAAAUUUAAAUUCAAACGAGGAUGAAGAGGAUUCAUUCUUUCGACAGCCUCAUAACGUUGGUGGUUCGGCCUUCGGUUACAAUGGUCUUCAGAUCCAGCACAACUUGGACGACAAUUUGCUACGAAGUCAAAACUUUAAAAUUAGUCCGAAACCUUGUUCUACGGGACGUAUAGAAGGAACUUGUAUGUUUGUUUGGGAGUGUAUAAAGUCAGAGGGUAGACAUGUUGGCAUGUGCGUGGAUUCGUUUAUGUUUGGCUCUUGUUGUGUUCACAACUACACAGAUAAUAUAGUACAGCAGAAUACUUUUUCAUACACCAGACCGACCAAACCAUUAGGUAUCGGUAGUAUGAAUCAUAGGCCUCGGCCGCCUCAGCAGCCCCAUCGGCCUAGUAUCAGCGGAAUGACAACAAUAGAAAGGCCACAUGGUGCGGGCACAUUGGUCAUAAGACCCUCCGGACCACAUCAUCAAGGUGCGCUCGUAAAACCGCACCAUUCUAAGCCGCCAUAUGCAAGUACAGCUUUAUCGAGUUCUGCAACAAGUACGACCUCAACCACUACGACAGAUGAUCCAUCCUUAUUGUGGACAUCGAAUUCCAUUUUGGGCGAUUUACAAUCAUCGGCUAGUAUUGCCUCAGCAACAACAAUUAAUCAGCAACAGCAACAACAUUGGCACUUAACGACUGAACCAAAUUUUAUAACAAAGCCAAGGCCACCAUCAUGGGAUAAACCUUCGACACUGAGACCUAAGCCGCCUAAGCCACCAAAGCCACCCAAACCCAGUAAAAAGCCUACAACAGCCCUCGAUUGGUUGACGCAACAACAACUACAACAGCAAUUAACACAAAAGCCUUCAUUUAAUACACAAUCGACCAGUACUACAAGCACUACAACUACAAUCAAGAAUAAGCCUUCUAAGAAUCCAGUUGAAUCAUUCUCAUCAACUACUCCAACAACAGCUACAACUACGGUAAUGAUAACAACAACAACAGCAGCAAAAACUAAACCUCAGGUUGUUGCACAAAGUACUAAGCCAACAUCAAAGCCAUCACCUAAUGCAACCAAACCCUAUACUAAACCUACCUCAAGUGUAAGCAGUAGUACGGCAAUAACAACAACAACGACUACAACUUCAGCUUUACCAUCACCAUCAACAACGUACAUACCAACAAAACCAGCCCCAACUUCUACAUCAUCUACAAGUUACAGCCAAAAACCAUCAACGGCGGCGGGGUCUAUGCCAACAACAACAGCUGUUUUUCCAACAAAACCAUCACAGAGACCAACAUCUUCACAACGACCAUCUACAACAAGUGCAGCGUCAUCAUCUUCAAACACAUUACCACCACCUCAUAAUCUCAGCUCGAUCGAAUCGAAUGAAAUUAGUGACCAUUUAGACAUUGAUAGCGCCACUAUUAAGACCAUAUCAGCCGCCCGUAGUGAAUGUGGAACACCCGUUUUAACACGACCGGAAACACGCAUUGUAGGUGGUAAAAGUGCAGCAUUUGGACGUUGGCCUUGGCAGGUAUCUGUGCGUCGGACUUCCUUCUUUGGCUUUUCCAGUACACAUCGAUGUGGUGGAGCACUUAUAAAUGAAAAUUGGAUCGCUACUGCUGGUCAUUGUGUGGAUGAUUUAUUGAUUUCCCAAAUUCGCAUACGCGUGGGCGAAUAUGAUUUUUCACACGUUCAGGAACAAUUGCCCUACAUUGAAAGAGGUGUUGCCAAAAAAGUGGUGCAUCCUUUGUACAAUUUUUUUACUUAUGAAUAUGAUUUGGCAUUGGUUAAAUUAGAGCAACCACUAGAAUUUGCCCCUCAUGUUAGUCCAAUAUGUCUUCCGCAAACGGAUAGUUUGUUAAUUGGAAUGAAUGCAACAGUGACCGGCUGGGGAAGACUAAGUGAAGGAGGCACCUUACCAUCAGUUUUACAAGAAGUUUCGGUGCCUAUUGUUAGUAACGACAAUUGCAAAAGCAUGUUCCUAAGAGCAGGAAGACAAGAAUUUAUACCGGAAAUAUUUUUAUGUGCUGGUUAUGAGACUGGUGGACAAGAUUCUUGCCAAGGUGAUUCAGGUGGUCCUCUGCAGGUAAAGUCUCAAGAUGGUCGUUACUUUUUGGCUGGUAUUAUAUCGUGGGGAAUAGGCUGUGCUGAGGCCAACUUGCCAGGCGUGUGUACGCGUAUAUCAAAAUUCGUGCCUUGGAUUAUAGAAAAUGUAACGUGAUAAGCUUUCCACUAUCUAGCCACAAAUAUGAAACAUAGAUUAUUAUUUAUGAUUAUUAUCUAUGAUUGCUUUUACUAAUCAAAUGUGUAAAUAUCUUAAACUCAAUUGUUGAAAUAUUGUUUUAUUUUUAUUAUUAUUAUUAUUAUUUUUCUACAAUUCUCAUUUAUUAUUCUUAUUUAAUUUACGUGUGAUUUUAUUUAUUUUAUUAUAUUAAAAUGUAGUUAGAAACAAUUAUUAUUGCUCAAUUAAUUCAAUUCGCAUCAUUACAAUACAAAUCAUUUCAUUUUCAAAUAAUUUAAAAAAAUUGAAAUUCAUUUCAGCUGUACAUAAAUACAUGCAUACAUACGUAAAUGUUAUGUAUGAUGUAUCUACAUAUAUUUAUUUAUAGACAUAUGAAAAACACUUGAGAGUCAUUUUUAGCUUAAAAUUCAAUUGUAAAGAAUUAUUAUAAUGUUUUCUAGUAUUAUUAAGAGAAUUUAUUUUGUAUUUAUAAAAACGACCAUAACAAAAAAAAAAAAACAUAUUGUCUUGCCCAAAGAAGGAAAAAUAAAAACAAGGAUUAUAAUUCAAUUAUAUCAAUAAAACGUUUUAGUUAACAAUA